UGGGUUGUUUGACAAUGCAACAAAUAUCACUAGUGCAGCAGAGCGAAUGAACCCAAAUGAAACAGAACACCAUGGCUCAAUAGCUGCACAGUCCCACCUGCUGAGUUACGUGAAACAUUAUAGCACGUCUUCGAUUCUUGUACAAUCAGUAAGCGAACCUACCGCACGUAGAUACCAAAAGMCAGCCGUGUAUUCGCAAGUCUAGCCAGCUGAAAUUUAUUUUGAAUCAUUCCUUAACUUUGCGCUAUCUUUAUCCAAUCAAGACAAACUCUGGCCUUUUCGUGUUUAUUGUUAUCGAAAGAACGAUUGCUGUGUUUAUGUAGUGUAAAUUAUACCGUACAAGAGACUCUAUUGUUUUUUCACCGAGUGGUUUGGUUCUUUCAACGCUGAAGUGACGAGACACCAGAUCAAGCAUUGGUCUAGAAUAUUCACUGUCUUCACUUAGUAAAUUCCAUCACUCGUUCUUCACUAUAAGUGCAUAAGAGACCCGGUGUUGGUACUCUCAUUGACGAUUCAGAGCUGGAUAGUGCACGAAGUUCACACAUUCAAACGCUCAUAAUGCGGGCGCGAUGGGAUAACUCAAAACUUGAGCAUGUCAGAACGAAGGUUCAAAGACUAAAGAAAAGUCUUUUUCUUGCUGAAAGYAAGCUACGCGAAGCAAGAGAGAUUUUAAGUCAUGUUGUGACGCCUGAUUUUAAGAGAGCGUUUGGUGGAGACGGUCAGGUCAAUCGAUACAUGCUUGCUGAUGGCUUAGUGUUUAAACCUUUGCGCACAGUCGCAUUGGGUASRUAUAGCUUGGAAUCAUUUUGMCAAGGUAAUGAAAAUAACCCUAGAUAUUUGGAUAAAGWUACAACGAUUUGCAAGCGCAGUAAAGAUUUUUCUUCUCAAGAGMGUACUAUUUUAAGAACAUCAGCAAGCUUGGAGGGCAUUAGGGAUGAAAGUAGUUGCAGAGAUGAUACGCUGGUGAGGUCUCCCAUACACCGAUUAACCCUCAAGGUCUUCACUGCCCGGGAGAAAACCGCAGCUCUUCGCAACCAAAGGGAGACWAUGCAUGGGAAAAUKGGAGMUCUCCAAGACACGAUUCUCAAAAUACAAACUCGAACGCAUGACUCUGAAGAGACACUCAAAAUUCUACACGGACGAAUGGYAGCAAUUCAAUCCAGACUUGAAAUACUGAAGCAGAAGGUUCAGGCACGAAAACAWUCGGAAAUGAGGAUUUGUAGACUGGUAAAUGGGAUUAACUUUGGAACGCAAAGAGCUAURGUGGCRGAAACACGCGAGGGUGAYCUCGAAACUCGCGUUUUGGAACUCGAGGACAGUUUAGAAGAAUAUGACAUAAAAAUUCAUCGUGCGCAAAACGUGCUCUGUCGCAUGACGUCAUUUAGUAAAGGGGAUGACAGUCCAGGAAAGGAGAGCUGUUCCAUUACUAUGGUACUUAGGAGGGUUAGCUUAWCGCGGCAGUCUAGCUCUGCUAGUUUUAAAGGACAAAUACCUURAAUCCUCGAUUCAUGUGGCGAGGAAAGCGAUAUCUCGGAUCAGGCUUUUGAAUGAACAAUGGAUUUAAACACUUAUCGAGAAUAUCGGCGCGCGGGCACUUAACACAUGAUUUUACAUCGUUAGCAACAGGUCUUGCAAGAUCUGCGCAGAUUAAAUCAGUUGUAAAUAAUUAAUUCCCUCGUUUGGAUGAAGUUAUUAUUGAUGUAUUAUUAUCAAUUUGUAUAGGAAAUCCGCACGAACUUGAGUACAAUUUGGAAUUAUUAAUAGUCACUCGUAAUGUUUUAAAAGU